GGAGAUAUCUCCAUUUUACACGUACAAAGUGAUCGAGUGUGUAAAGAAAGACACAUCAUCAAACCAAUAUUGCGCACAUAACGCUAAUAAACUUUUGCACACAGACUUUGGCUCAUUGAUAUUUCGUCCAUUGAAAGAAGACUUUGGGCUAACCAGCAAUGGCGUCCCAAACUUAUUUUAGUGUCGUGGGCAUAGCGUUCCUCGUUCUACUAUUCGUCCAAUCCAUUUCGCUAUCGUCGUCAGCCGGAGAUGGUGACCAUGAUCAUGAUCACGAUUCGGAGGAGGAAUACUUUGCUGGGGUCGGAAACUUUCUCUUAGAUCAGGAACUGUCAGCACAGAGAUAUUCGGGGGAUUUUGAGGAAAAUCAUGACCAAAACAUCACUUCGACACAAGUCGAAAUUUUAGUUUCGACGCUCUUUUCAAGGGUUGGAUGUGAAAGUCUCGCCGAUAACUGCUCAAAGUGCGCCGUUGAUUUUGUGACCGACCUGUUUACUGCCCUCAACGUUGACUCGACGUAUGGUUUCAGCGAGGAUGUGUUCCAUGAAGCGGGGCCCUUGCUGCUUUAUGCUCUGUUCGACUUGGAGGCCUUGUGUGCCGCCGGGCCUGGCGGGACGGAUCUCGACGAGGAGGUGGUGUUUGGGAAGUUGAUGUCCGCGGAAGAAAAUGGGGCGAAUUCUACCUUGUCGGAAGAGGACCUUGAAGAAAUUUUCCACUCAAUUGGUGAGAAUUACACGGCAGAAACACAGACAACGUGUUUCGAUGUCGAAUCGGUCUUUACUGCAUCAGUCACCGACCACGAGGCCGGAGCGAACGAAUCGGAGGUCCACGCCAUCGCCGAGCUCGUAGUCCUUAGCAUCCUCCAGGGAUACUGUAUCGGCGAGGCGACGUUGCCGUCGCCCGAGGCCUUCGUGGACACAAUCUUUGACUCAUUCGCCGAAGGCGGAGUUAUUCCCGAAGAAGAAUUCGAACAUUUGCUCUCGGACCUUGGCAUUGGUGCUUCCUCGGCCGAACACGAUGACCAUGCCGCCGAUGCUGGCCAUGACGACCACGAUCACAGACGGAGACGUCAUGCUGAUGACAUUUCGGUGGCAGCGGCGGGAUACAUCCAUCGCGUGAGGAGGGUGGUCGACGACCACGGCCAUGACCACGGUGCGCACUCCGAUGAGCUCAAUGUAUCUGCUACAUGCUACACGGGGGAGGAACUCCUAGACAUUCAUGGAAUCGAUCACGAAGCUGGUAUCACGGAGUCCCAGUACGCAGCCCUGGCCCCGUCAUUAAUCCAACAGAUUUUAUCGGGUGUCUGCAGCGCAGACGUACACGUGGAUCCGACCAAUUCAUACACAGAUGCGGAAAUUUGGGGCUACAGUCACUUAGCAGUACUGGUCAUCAGUCUCGUCGCCAUCCUUGGCGCCCUUUUUCUUCCCUGUAUGAGUGGAUUCGUGUAUGAAGCCAUUAUUCAGACGAUGAUGGCGCUUGCCGUUGCUACGCUCACUGGGGAUGCAUUAUUACAUCUUAUACCGCAGGCUGUGGGAUUGCAUGCACACGACGCUUCCGGCCACGCCCACACCAAUCAUGGGCCCCUCAAUCCUGAACUAGCAUACGUCUGGAAAUGCCUGGUGAUUGAAUUAGCCAUCUACUUCUUCUUCUUGGUUGAAAGGGUUUCCAGUUUGGCAAAUUUCGGCGGACACUCGCACUCCCAUGAAGAGCCAGCAAUAAACAUGGAAUCCACCGAGAAUUCAGCCAAAGGAUUAGGCAAAAUGACCGAUUCCAAGAGAAACUUGGCAGAUUCCGAGAACGGAGAAGUGGACACAAAUGAGUCAUAUUGCUUUCAAGGGUGCGGAACAUUGCCUCUCAUGAUCAUCGUUGGGGACGCCCUGCAUAACUUCGGAGACGGUCUGGCGAUCGGUGCUGCCUUCACCCUCGGCAUCCCCGCAGGACUCAGUACGAGUAUCGCCGUCUUCUGUCACGAGCUACCUCACGAGCUAGGUGACCUGGCCGUCCUUCUGAAUAAUGGCAUGCGCCUCUUGACAGCGGUGUUUUGGAAUUUCAUGUCGGCUUGCGUUUGUUUCGUGGGACUGUGGGUCGGCAUUCCUCUUGGUCAAACGGAGAACGCGAGGGAAUGGAUUUUCGCUGCUACCGCCGGCACGUUUCUUUACGUUGGUCUUGUUCACAUGCUCCCUCUACUCCAUAGAUACAAGGGACCCAGAAAAGGUGUCAUAUUUUUAUUCCAGAAUUUAGGCUUCCUACUUGGUAUGGCCAUAAUACUGAUUAUUGCCCUCUACGAAGACGCCAUCAACGUCGCAAUCUAAACAUGGCAUCAUUCGGGAGGACGCCAUUAGCGUUGCAAUCUGAACAGGGCAGUCCUU